CAGCACAAUAUCACGGUAGCCCACAGAGAACUCCUCCCCUCUUCAGUUUCAAGUGUAUCAGAUCUUCUGGGUGAAGAAGAUGAUUAUCGAAUAAUAUUUCUUAACGUCAAUCCCGCACCGGCGAGGGAAAUUCUAUGUGAGGCCUAUCAUAGGGGUCACAGUAUACCAUUCUACACGUGGAUUCUCUACGGAUGGUACGACUCUGGAUGGUGGAAAACACCUCAUUCGAUAGGCACAGGGAGUGAAAACUGCACAGAUGAACAAAUUUCCAGUGUCUUGGAGUAUUCCUUUGCUCUUCGCUGUGUAUCCCACGCCAUCAGACAAGGACGC